GGUCCAUUCGUACUUUGGUUAGAAGCCCAAAAAUCUAUGUUUGCCACACCUGUGGUGUGUGUGAAUCCGUUCCACCAUUCCUGUGUUUUGCUCACUACUCAUGGUCGCUUCCGGUCGAUUCGUUUGCUUCGUCAUGAGCGCUCAUCAUUGCUACUUUGUCAUCGGCACUAUUUGCUGCUGCUUUGUCAUCCGCACUCAUAUUUCCUGCUCUGUCAUCCGCGAUCGGUCUUUAUACUCGGAUGACGACUUUCAAUGCCUCCAUCCCCAUCGUUUCGUCCGUGGCGAGAUGCGGCGCCACAAUGGGCGUCUGCGUAAGCUCGGGGACAGCCCACGCUCCGCCGUUGCCACUGCCACCAUUGUAGCUACAGCCUCCUCCUCCUCCUCCUCCGCUCUGCCACUCCUCCCGCCGCUGCUCUGCCUGCCGCCGCGCCCCCGGUCUUCUCGCAUGCGCCUGCUACUCUGUCUCCUCCUGCAGCGGCCCCGGGUCUUAGCACCGCGGCCGCUUCUCUCACCCCUCCACCAGCCGCCUCGUGCCCUCGCCCGGCUCUCGGUGAGCUUACCGGCUAGCAUUAUAAAUUUUUAUGGAUAAUACGAUUUACUCCUCAAACCUCACUCAAACCGCUGCCUUACUCUCAUGUUUCCAGUCCGGUCUAAAAGCCCCCGCGUCUUUUGUACUUCUGUACAAAUUCUAUCAUUGGCCGUUCUCCCGCACCUGUGAUCUUCGUGUCUUGUAGCAAGAAAUGCCCUCGAUAGUAAUUUGUUGAGAUGCUUGGUUCUUGUACGGUGCCGCGAUCUAUGCUAUCGCGAAUGGGAAAAACGCGUGGUCUUCGAAAGCUGGUCAAAA